CUGAGGUUCCUUCUAUCUGAGGCCUCAGGCAGAAGUCAGGGUCUCACGAAUAAGCUGGGUCCUCAAGUGGAGGUUGGGUGGAAAGCGCCCACCCCGGUACUGGCUUCAGUCACUCGGGCGGGACUCAAACAUGAAACACUCCGACGCGCAGAGGAAACGGGAACUGUUGCGCAUGCGCUCGGACGCUGGCCCAUUCCAGGGCACGUGCGCACGCGCGCUCCUGGAGCUUCCCAACCUUCCGGGUGCGGGCGGGGCAUGUUACGUCACGUUGUUUAAUCCGGAAACGGCGGCGGAGGCGACAGGACCGAGGGGCCUUAGUUGGUGGGCAAGUCGGGGAUCCCAGAAAGAGAAGCGUGACCCGGAAGCGGAAGCGGGUGUCCGUCCCAGCUCCGGUGAGUGGCCCCUGCUGGACCGUGGAUCCCGGGCGGGCGUGCGGGCGGCAGCGUACGAGGCCUUGUACUCGCCCGGGUGUCUGGUGCCUCGCUUCUCCCUGGGACCCUGUCGUCAACAUCGAGGUCUCCAACACCACCUUGCUUUGGUGCCGGGCCCACUGACUCUCUGUCCUCGGUGUAUAGUGCGACCCAAUCUCCAUCAUCCCGUCCUCGGUGCCUGCCAGUGAGCUUCUACCACCAUGGACCUGUUGUUCGGGCGCCGGAAGACGCCAGAGGAGCUACUGCGGCAGAACCAGAGGGCCCUGAACCGUGCCAUGCGGGAGCUGGACCGCGAGCGACAGAAACUAGAGACCCAGGAGAAGAAAAUCAUUGCAGACAUUAAGAAGAUGGCCAAGCAAGGCCAGAUGGAUGCUGUUCGCAUCAUGGCAAAAGACUUGGUGCGCACCCGGCGCUAUGUGCGCAAGUUUGUAUUGAUGCGGGCCAACAUCCAGGCUGUGUCCCUCAAGAUCCAGACACUCAAGUCCAACAACUCAAUGGCACAAGCCAUGAAGGGUGUCACCAAGGCCAUGGGCACCAUGAACAGACAGCUGAAGUUGCCCCAGAUCCAGAAGAUCAUGAUGGAGUUUGAGCGGCAGGCAGAGAUCAUGGAUAUGAAGGAGGAGAUGAUGAAUGAUGCCAUUGAUGAUGCCAUGGGUGAUGAGGAAGAUGAAGAGGAGAGUGAUGCUGUUGUGUCCCAGGUCCUGGAUGAGCUGGGACUUAGCCUAACAGAUGAGCUGUCAAACCUCCCCUCAACUGGGGGCUCGCUUAGUGUGGCUGCUGGUGGGAAAAAAGCAGAGGCCGCGGCCUCAGCCCUAGCUGAUGCUGAUGCAGACCUGGAGGAACGGCUUAAGAACCUGCGGAGGGACUGAGAGCCCCCUGCCACUCCAAGAUAACCAGUGGAUGCCCAGGAUCUUUUACCAUAACCCCUCUGUAAUAAAAGAAAUUUGACACUA